AACAGUUUCGAUGUGAAGUCUGAACCAAAACAUUCUUUUUUUACAUUGUUUUCAGAACAAAAAAUACGUUUGCUAUUAGUAUUAUGAACCACGUCGAAAUAAAUUACCUAUUUGUUUUAUUAAUGUUAACAAUCCAAUUUGAAAAUGGGAAUGUUUUGCAUCCUCAAGUCAAAAAACUAAUACUGCUUCAUAAGUUUGAGACCAAGUACUUUUGAUACGUUCUUGUAGAAAAUAUGCAGUUUAUCGUUUAAGAACAGUGAUACUAUAGAAGCUCGGUGACAGACUUGCAUGAGCCGAUAGUUGUUGAUGAUUCUAUGGUGUACAAAAACGCAAUUGUUACAUCCGAAGAGUUCGACCAGACCGAGGUAGAACAAGUGAUUAUCGACGAAAUACAUAGGGAAUGGAAAUUAUGUUUAACGUCCGAUCGACCCUGGAUAGAGUGCAAUGCCUUAUAUGAAUCUAUGUUGAGAGCAGAGAAGCCUCUUGUACGGAUGAAACAUUACCACGCCAUGUUGGAGGAGCACUCGGACGUUCAUAAUAAAUGUUGCAAAUCCGGUCGAUCCAAAGAUGAAUGCAAUCUGGAUAAAGAAGAUAGGGAGAGCAAAAUAUCCGUCAUGGAGAAAGAGCUGUAUCCAUGGAUAGAGAUAUACGAGUUGUGCAUUGCUGAGUUGUCCCGAGAUAAAUGCUACAACAUCUUUAAAGAGCUCCAAAUACCCAGAUAUCGAACUCUAGUGCCAGAAUCUCUUAUAACAUUAGCUAAGGCCCACAUUUGCUUGGAUGCAGGGCGAUCAGAAGAAGACUGCGAAAAUGAAGCAAUGGAACAUUAUAUUCAAGUAGUACAGCCAAAAGAUGAACUAUGAUUUUCUAUUUUGACAAUAAGUUGCGGAGUUUAAAAUCUCAUAAAUACAUUUAUAAAAAACAUUUAAGAUGAUUACUCAACGCCUGCAAUCGAAUAUAAGAUAAUUAUGAAGAGAGGAAUGCGAUUAUAUGAUACGGGAAAACAAACGUUUAAUCGUUAAACUUUUUACUAAAAAUCCAUCGAGUAUUUUAUGUUUUAUUAAGUAUUUUUAAUUUUUGACAAUAUUGUUUAUUAAUAAUAAUGACGAUGAGCUUGCCUAAGAUUUUUACAUUAUUCAAAUAAGGCUGUGAUACGCGAUUAGAAAGAUUUUUGUACAGAUUUUAUAUGAAAAAUAAUGAAAUAGGAAUAAAGUUAAGGAAAAGCCUUUCUUAAUAUAUUAUUUCAAAUGUAAUAAACCCACAAGCGAGCCACAGUAUUAUGAAAAGUGUUAUUGAUUGACGAUAAAAAAUCAUAAACUAAUUAAUUAAUCGUAUUGGUGUGUUUUUGAAAAACGAUUGUAAUCAAAUUUGUAUGAUUUCCUUAUAUAAAAUUUGAUACAUUUACGGAAUAUUUCUUACUACUAUCAGUAUUUUUUUUUAUUUAUUAAGCUCUAAAGUUUUCACCUAUCAAUCGUAAAAAUCACUUUGAAAUUGCCUUUUU